AUGUACGCAUCCCCACCUCCGACCCCAACUCCAAUUUCCACUACGUUGGAUGCAGAUAUAAAAGAAUUAAAACGAGAUAAUUUAUCUAUAAAAAACGAAAUUACAAGAAUGCAAAAUCAAUCGGAAUGGAGGAGUGAAGUCCGAAGUCAAGGGCAAGCAUCUAUAACAAACUUCGUUGGACAAAAUCGGGGAAUGGGUCGAGAAAGAAAACCGGAAAAAAGAUAA